UAUUAUAUUACCUGUUCUGUAAGAAAAUAAACGUUUAAAACUGUUAAUCCUGUACGAAUAAUCGAAAUUUCUAGUAUUACAAACUUCUCCUGCCUCGUAUUAAAUAUAGUGCAUUGAUAGAAAAGAUUAAAAUCUAUUUGUCAAGCAAUAUAAGACAUUUGGAAGGAAAGAUGCACGAAAAUGAAGUGAGAACAAAGCAUGGUAAAAUCGCUUGCUUGUCGUCGGAAUUAGAUUUAGGCAUUACGUUAAAAGGCGGUCAAAGUUUCAGAUGGUUUAAUUACAAUAAUGGAUAUAGAGGAGUCUUUGGUGGAUAUGUUUGGACUCUUACGCAACAUGAUAAUUAUCUAUUCUACAAUGUACAAGGCCCACUAGUAGAUUCUAAAAAUUAUGACACGAUUCUGUCUGACUACUUCAGAUUGAACGAGUGUUUAAAAGACCUGUGCGAAAAAUGGACCGCUGCGGAUCCACAUUUUAAAGAAUCGUUAAACAAAACAAAUGGUGUUAGAAUACUAAAUCAAGAUGUUGUUGAAAAUGUAUUUUCUUUUAUAUGUAGUUCUAACAACAAUAUCCAAAGGAUAUCAGGAAUGGUAGAAAAAUUAUGUAUGUUCUUUGGUGAAAAAAUUUGCUCAAUCGAAGGCAAAGAUUAUUACAAGUUUCCAUCUAUUGAGGCAUUAGCAAGUAAAGAUGUUGAAAGUAAAUUAAGAGAAGAAAAAUUUGGAUAUCGUGCAGAAUAUAUAGUAAAUACAGCAAUGCAUUUGAUAGAUCUUGGUGGAAAACAAUGGCUUUCAAAUUUACACAAAAAGAAUAAUACAUCAUAUGCUAAAGCUAGGGAACAACUAAUUAUUCUUCCUGGGAUUGGUCCAAAAGUUGCAGAUUGUGUAUGUUUAAUGUCAUUAGGUCACUUAGAGGCUAUUCCUGUAGACACUCAUAUCUUCCAAAUAGCUAGGGCAAGGUAUUUACCUCAUUUAAAACAAUAUAAAACUGUCACCCCAAAAAUUCAUGCAGAAAUUAGUAACUAUUUACGCGAAUUAUGGGGUCCUUUAGCUGGAUGGGCUCAAGCUCUUGUCUUUUGUGCAAAAAUUAAUGAUAUUUCUGCUCGUACCAGAUCGCGUAUCAAGCGUAAAAAUAGUACAAGUAGCAUGUUACGAAAUCUUAAGAAAUUUUAAUAAUACUUUUACUUAAUAUUUAAAAAAAUCGGUAUAUGCAUUACAUUACAUUUUUACAAAACUCUAUAAAGUCAUAUGAAAUUUUCUAUCUGUGAAGGAAUAAUUCGUUUUUAAUGUACAUGUUUACAAUGAUCGUUUUUAUCUAUAAAUAAGAAAUUUUACAACUAAUUUGAGGCCACGUCUGUUGUCCACAUUCUCUCACCUACUUUUCCUCCUUUUCAUACUCAUACCCACUAGUACAAAGUCAAAGUCAUCUAGAAUUACAUGAUCUGUUAGAAAUUGGGGUUCAUCCUUCUCAUUCUCAUCGUUUCUGUCUGAAGAAAAGAACAACAUUUAAAGUAUAAAUUAUUAAUUGCACAUUUCUUUGUAAAUAACUUACUUGAGUGAGUUUUUAAUAUAUCUGCAAAAAUGCUCUGAGUAAGGUACCGUAAUCCAGGAAUCAUAGUUGAUAAAUAUGCUCUAUGUGAUGAUUUUAAUACUGACAAACAAGAUACUGAUAAAGAAGCUGGCACAGAACAGCUAUGAGUCAAUUUCAUCGUACUGUGUGCAGCUGUGGAACAUACCAUAGGAUAUAACGCGAAAUCCUUUAAUCCAGUAAAAGCAAUACCUAAAUCAUAAAAUAUUGUAAGGAAAAAUAUAAAUACGUUGAUAUUUGUAAUAUUAUGAAUUUACCUAGUGGCUUCCUGUUAAGAAAAAAUUCUAGGGUGCCUCUCCAUGUAUCCAAGUAUACCCCUACCAAGCUACCUUGCCCGAAACAAGUGCCAUAAUCACGUUUUAUACCAGCAUGUUGUAUAUA